AUGGAAGAAUGUGAGGCAUUGUGUAAUCGUCUUGGAAUUAUGGCUCAAGGCCAGUUUUUAUGUGUUGGUAAACUAAAUGAUUUGAGGACGAAAUUUGGAACUGGUUAUGCUGUGCAAAUAAAGAUAGCCGAUGAAAAUGAAAUAGAAAAUAUCAAACAUAAUCUUCAAACAAAUUUAUCAGGAAUAGAAUUUGACGGUAGUAUUUAUUAG